CAGCCGGAGAAGAAUAUCUACUGUUUGCUAUCAUGGCCGAAAAGCACGGGGCAGACAUUUCAGUCAUGCAGGCGCCCACCCUAUCCCUGGAGGACGAGGGUAAUGGGCUCUCUGGACAGUCGAAAGAGCUUCCGGAGAGUAGAUCCGAUACUGGAGAUGAAAGCAUCGGUGAAGAUGAUCUUCAAAGCCCCUAUCCAGAUGUCCAAGCGAGCGUUUCUGACACGGACGAAGAUCUACCCGUCAAUACCUUUCGCGCGUGGUUUCUGGGAGUUAUCGGGACGAUUUUUUUGACGGCAUUGAAUCAGUUCUUCCAGCUUCAUAAUCCGCCUUUGUUUCUCUCGGCCUACAUUGCGAUAUUCGCGACUCUACCAUGUGGGAAGCUAAUGGCCGCUACGCUACCGACAAAGGUCUGGAAUGUAUUCGGAUUCGAGUUUACUCUCAACCCAGGCCCCUUCAACCAGAAGGAGCAUUCGAUCGUGGCCAUCAUGGCAUCCUUAGUGACGGCAUUCGAUAACGGCUCCCUAGCCUCGGAUGUCUACGUCGCCUUCGACAAGUUUCUGCACAUUCCCAUCUCUGCAGGCUACCGAUUUAUGUUUCUUCUUAGCACCCAGGCCCUGAGUUUCGGCAUCGCAGGACUCUUCCAUCGAUUCCUGGUAGAGCCUGCGUUCUGCGUAUGGCCCGCAACACUACCGAUCUGCUCGUUACUUUACACGUUCCACGAAAAGCGGUCCCAGAAACAGGAAAUCAACGGGUGGAAAAUAAGCCGAAUGGGAUUUUUCUCUAUCAUCGUUGUCUGCGGAGCGGCCUAUCAAUUCGUCCCUGGGUUUCUGUUCACAGGACUCACUACGUUCGCGUGGAUUACUUGGAUCGUGCCGAAGAAUGUGACGGUCAACCAGGUCUUCGGGGCUACAUCGGGCAUGGAUCUUCUGCCGCUUACUCUUGAUUGGAAUCAGAUAACGGGGUAUUUGGGGUCGCCGUUGUUGGUUCCGUCGUGGGCACUGGUGAACGUGUUUUGUGGGAGUAUCUUUUUCCUGUGGGUUGUUUCGCCUGCGCUCCAUUGGAGCAAUGUGUGGCAGGGGUUGUAUAUGCCGUUUUCAUCGUCUGAGAAUUUUGACAAUACAGGAAACUCAUAUAACACGACUCGUGUGAUGAAUCCGGAUUAUUCUCUCAACGAAGCGGCUUAUUAUAAUUAUUCCCCGGUAUACCUAGCAACAACCUCGGCCCUUUCAUACGGACUGGGAUUUGCAGCCGUGGCAUCCAUCAUAAUCCACACCAUCCUCUACUACCGCCAAGCAGUCUGGGAAGGCCUCCUCGCAACAUUCGGCCUCCUUUCCAAGCCCCAGAAACCAGACAUCCACGCCAAGCACAUGCAAAAAUACAAACAAGUCCCCAUGUGGUGGUACCUAACAAUCUUCCUCUCCAUCUUCGGCAUCAGCAUCGCCUUCCUCUACGUCUACAACACAAGUCUCCCCUGGUACGGCCUGAUCCUCGCCAUCGCAGUCAACGUGAUUCUCCUCGUACCCACGGGUAUCAUGAAGGCGAUUUGCAACAUCCAGCUGUCGACGGCGGUGAUAUCGGCGUUUAUCGCGGGGUAUAUAUGGCCGGGGCAGAUGAUGAAUAAUGUCGUGUUCAAGAUUUUUACGCUGGUUUCUUCGGCGCAGGGGUUGGGGUAUAUUCAGGAUAUGAAGAUUGGGCAUUAUAUGAAAAUCCCACCGAGAGUCACUUUUGCUGCGCAAUGUACCGGGAUCCUGGUCUCUUGGUUAACACAGACAGCGGUGAAUCUCUGGGCUAUGGGGAACAUCGAAGGGAUUUGCACCCCCAAUGCAAGCAACAGCUUCACAUGCCCCCUAGCCCAAGGCUACGCAACAAAUGCCGUAUUCUGGGGCCUCAUCGGACCCAAGCGCCUCUUCUCAGAAGGCUCCAUGUACCGCCCCAUGCUAUGGUUCUUCCUUAUCGGCGCCUUACUACCCAUUAUCUUCUUCUUCCUCGAUCGAUACUUUCCGAAACUCAGACUGCGAAAGGUCCACCUCCCCGCUGUCUUUGCCUCCACAGCGAGUAUUCCCCCCGCCACGGCCGCGAACUAUAUGGCCUGGGGACUUGUCGGACUGUUAUUCAACGGGUACAUCAAGCGCCGGUUCUAUGCAUGGUGGAUGCGGUAUAACUACAUUCUCUCUGCGGGACUUGAUGCAGCAUUGGCGAUUGGGAGUUUUUUGAUUUUCUUUUGUCUUGUUUAUCCUGGUGUUAGCGUGGAGUGGUUUGGAAAUAGUAUUGCGACGAAGACGGCGGAUGGAGCGGGGACGCCGUUGAGGACGGUUAAUGAGGGUGAGACUUUUGGGGUGAGGACUUGGAAGUAGUCUUCUCUUUUAUUUUGGGUUCUGAGUGUGUUUCGUUUCUUUAAUGUUAUUAAUUAUGUCUGACCAGUCCACAUCAAGAAUUGUCGAGUGACAUCAAACUUACUAUCACACUCAAAUAACUUAUAAUCCGCGAUGCCCCCCUCCUAUACCCA